AUGGAGAUGGCGAUAACUGUGAUGAAUGUGGCAACUCUCCAACCCAAACCUCUUCGAGCCAAAAGCCCUUACCUUCUUCCAAACCCAAGAAGAGUCUUCAACUUCAAGGCCUCUUCUCUCCACAACCCUCAAGUCUCAUCAAUCGGAGCUCCAACUCUGGUGGGUCAAUUCGACCCAACAAUCCCCAUAGAGCGAGCCGUAACUCCACCCAGCUCAUGGUACACCGAUCCUUCCUUUUACUCUCUCGAACUCGACGCCCUCUUCUACCGUGGAUGGCAGGCCGCAGGAUACACUGAACAGAUAAAAAAUCCAGGGGAGUUUUUCACUUGCAGAUUGGGAAACGCAGAGUUUGUUGUGUGCCGAGAUGGUGAUGGCAAGCUUCAAGCUUUCCACAAUGUAUGUCGACAUCAUGCCUCACUUCUUGCAUAUGGAAGCGGCCGCAAGUCUUGCUUUGUGUGCCCUUAUCAUGGAUGGACUUAUGGGUUAGACGGCUCACUUCUCAAGGCAACUAGAAUAACUGGAAUACAAAAUUUCAAUGAACAUGAGUUUGGGCUUAUAUCGGUGAAAGUAGCUACUUGGGGCCCGUUUGUUCUUCUCAAUAUGGAGCAGGAUGUUGAUAGUGAUACAGACAUAGUGGAAAAGGAAUGGCUUGGCAGCUCUUCAGAACUACUGAGUAACAAUGGGGUCGAUUCCUCAUUAAGUUUUGUUUGUAGACGUGAUUAUAUGAUUGAAUGUAACUGGAAGGUCUUCUGUGACAACUACUUAGAUGGCGGAUAUCAUGUUCCUUAUGCACAUAAAGGCCUUGCAUCUGGUCUUAAUCUUGAUCAUUACUCUACCACAAUUUAUGAAAAGGUCAGCAUUCAAAAGUGUGAAGGUGGCUCGACAGAGAGAACAAAUGAUUAUGAUCGGCUUGGAUCAAAAGCUCUAUAUGCUUUCGUUUAUCCUAAUUUCAUGAUUAAUAGGUAUGGACCAUGGAUGGACACCAAUCUAGUACUGCCACUUGGACCAAGGAAAUGUCAAGUGAUAUUUGAUUACUUCAUUGAACCUUCUCUUAUGGAUAACAAAGAUUUUAUAGAGAGAAGUUUGAAAGACAGUGAAAGAGUACAGGUGGAAGAUGUCAUGCUAUGUGAAGGUGUCCAAAGAGGUCUUGAAUCACCUGCAUAUGAUAUCGGCAGAUACGCUCCAACUGUCGAGAAUGCCAUGCACCAUUUCCAUUCUCUGCUUCACAAGAGCCUGAAAAAAUGA